AUGACUCGUGGGCGUGGGGUUUCCUCUCUGCUCUUAUGCUGCUUGCUUCUCCUCGCUCCUCACCUCGGCAGCUCCUUCCACACCAGCCACACCCGUGCCGGAAAGCUGCUCGCCGUCCGUUCAGCUGACGGUGCAUCUCCGACGACCUUCUGCUCGGACAUCCCUUCAGGAGAUGGCGGCGGUGGAAUUGCAGGGCGGCUGCCCGUGGUGCAUCGGCAGAACCCGUGCUCUCCUCACGGCGGAGCUAAGAGACAAGGCAAGCCCUCAGAGUCAGAGUCCGCGGCCGACGUCCUCCGCCGCGACGCCCUGGGCCUCCGCUCGCUCUACGGGGACUCCGGCUCGGCGUCGGACGUGACGAUCCCCAGCACCGGCAGCCCUCUCGUGGCUUACCCGGGCGCGUCCGAGUACCACGUCGUCGUCGGCUACGGCACGCCGCUGCAGAGGCUGGCCGUCGGGUUCGACACGGCCAGCACCGGAGUCUCCCUGCUCGCAUGCAAGCCGUGCGCCGCCGACGGGGCGCCGUGCGACAAGGCGUUCGACCAGUCCCGGUCGUCCACGCUCGCCCAAAUCCCCUGCAACUCGCUGGACUGCCCGCUCAGCGCUUGCUCCGGGCCCAGCUGCACCUUCUCCGUCAGCAAGAACGACACCGUGGUGCUCAACGGCACGGUCGUCACGGACACGCUCGCGCUCUCCGGGUCGACCACCAUGCAGGGCUUCAGGUUCGCGUGCCUGGAGACGGGCUACGCCGGAAGCUCCAGAACUGUGGACGACACCCCCUCCGGCGUCCUCGACCUCAGCCGGGACGUCCACUCCCUGGCGUCGCGGGCGCCUUUCUCCCCGGACACGGUGGCCUUCUCGUACUGCCUGCCGCCGGACACGACCUCCCACGGCUUCCUCUCCAUCGCCGCCGCCCGGCCGGAGCUCUCGGGCCGCUUCGUGUGCUACGCCACCCUGCGGACCAACCCCAACCGCCCCAACCUGUACUUGGUCCAGCUCACCGCGAUAAGCGUCGGCGGGAAGGACAUCCCGGUCCCGGCCGCGGGGCUCGCCGGCGACUCGCUGAUCGCGCUCCGCACCACCUUCACCUACCUGAGGCCGGACGUCUACGCGGCCCUCCGCGACGCGUUCGUCGGGCAGAUGGGCCGGUACCGCCACCGCCGCGCGCCGCCGGUGGGGGAGCUGGACACGUGCUACGACUUCGCCGGCCUGCGCUCGGUUCUGCUGCCGGCGAUCGCGCUCCAGUUCGACGGCGGGGCGAGCAUGUACCUUGACAUCGAGCACGUGUUCUACCUCGAGGAACGCCACAACAUCUUUGCCGUGGCGUGCCUCGCGUUCGCCGCGGCGACAGCCUACCCUGUAGGGUCCGAGGUGCCCGUCGCCGUUAUCGGGACGUUGGCGCAGGCGGCAACCGAGGUGGCGUACGACUUGCACGGCGGGAAGGUCGGGUUCGUCCGCGGCAGCUGCUGA